GCCAGUUCCUAUGGAAGUCCCCCCCUUUCAACUCCAACUCUAGUGAAUUGUAGCGAAAGAAUAUCAUCAAUCUAUAAAAAUGGAUCGGAUCAAUUUUUGAUUCAACAGAUUUAUUUUAUGAUCAAAAAAAAUCUUUCUGGGUUAGCAGUCAUUUCGUUCAAUAUCCGUAACACUUCCUCUAACCUGGGAAAACAAUCUAUGACAGUACUACCUUACUAUCCAGACGCAACAUUAUUUGUAUCUAGUAUUAAUGACAACAAUCGAGAAUCACUCGGAUAUGGUCAAUAUAACCUUCUCAGGGUUGCCAAGAGUGUACGCUAUAUACUUACUGACAAUCCGGUAAACAUACUCUCGGGAAAUCCGAAACAUGACAUAAUCCCGUAUAUUACUUCCAAUACACAAACCUUUGCAUCUUUUGCUGCUGGUUAUGGAGCUAUUACUGUGCUUGAAAUGCGCCCUAAUUCAUUUGCGGUUGAAACAGAGAAGGAAAUAUCCACUUUAACAGUUGUUGACAUCUUCGGUGCCAUCGGCGGGUUCCAUAGUGCUACCAAAACAUUCUAUGGCAUAUUAUUUGGUGCAAGUAUCAUAGGUCCAUUGGGUUGCAUUCAAUCCUUGCCAGGAGUCAAGAGCAAGGUCAGAAAUAAACUCCGCAUCAACUUGGGUCAAAUUUUUUCUGAUUUAGAUAAUACUGACACUACAGAAAAAAAUGGUGAAGAAGCAAGAAUAACAGCAUUAGAGGAAAGACAGAAAAAAUUGGAACUAUUCCUUAAAGAGUGUGUAGUAGAUGUCGGUAUACUAGAUGAUAAAAAAGAUAAAAGAACCAUAAUUGAUAAGAUAUUGUGUCGACAUGUUUAA